UCAAUUGCCAAUUCUCGUCCACUUUUCUCUCUGUCAUUUUUCUCUUGCACGCAAAAUCUCUCUCCUUCAAGAAUUGCAAGAGCUAACCCAUUUAUUAAACCAAGAAACAGCCUCCGUCGUCGAUCAAUCCCUCUUCUUCCUCCCUCUUCCUUGAUUCCUCUGUUCCUUCUCCCUUCUAACAAUUUCUCCCACCAAAAAAUGGAAGAGAACAAGAAGCAGAAACAGACACAAGCCAUCCAACCCUCUCCUCCUCCUCCUCCAAGAAGUACUCAAACCCCAUCACUACCCAAUUCAUCCUCCCCCUCUCCCUACCGCGGACCUUCACCUACGAUGCCGACGUCUCUCGCUGCUUCCCCCGGCCUCCCCACUGCUGGAAUCUCCUCCUCUUCUUCUGUAGGCGCCGGCCCCUUAUCUACCUCCCCUUCAGCAUGCGUGCCGACACCAAAGCACAAAGCUGGACCAAAGAACUCUAAGAAAUGGGCCCACCCAGUGUAUAAAGGUGCCUAUGAGUGCAACGGCCGCUGGAGGAGCCGCAUUUGUGGCCAGGGGGAUCUGGUAUUCAUCUUGGCACAUAUCCGACGCCUGGUUAGCCCAGAUGAGGUACGGCGUGUUGCGUCGAUGGCAGCGGAGAUGUUCAGGCCUGGCGCCGCACCAGCACCAUCGAAAACUCCAUCUACGUUGGCCCCAUCAGAAACACCAUCGACGUUGGCGCCAACAGAAACAGCACCGUCAUCCGUGCCAAUCGAAAGACCAUCCUCGUCAGCAACAACAGCCACAGCAUCGUCAUCAGCGCCAGCAGAAACAGCUUCAUCGUCAGCACCAGUGGAGACGCCAUCCUCAUCAGUGCCAAUUACAGAAACACCAUCGUCGUCGGCACCGACAGAAGAACCAUGGCCAUCGUCGCUGCUAGUGUCAAUGUCUUCAGCGACGUGGGCCCCGCUUGUGGACGAGGAUGAGCUGUUCAAUAUGCCCGCAAUAUUGAAUGAUAUGGCUGAAGGGUUGAUGAUACCGCCGCUGAGGAGGUAUGCAGGGUCUGAUGAUGAUGAUGAUGAUGAUGAUGGAACAGGGGAUUAUCAUGUGGACGUGCCUUUGUGGACCAAGUGAGCUCUAAAGAAAAUGGAUCAGGGUUUUAUUGAUUGGGAUGGAAGAAACAAUAUAUAUGUAAUUAGUUUUAGAUUGAG